GCGCUUUCCCGUCGUGCACCGCGCAGGAAGAUGAAGGCUGUGGCGGCCAUGUUAGAUUAGGCCCGCGUCCAGAAGAGCUGAGAGGAAGGAGGAGAACUUCUCGUCGCAGGCUGAAUCUCAAUCCACGUCCAUCCAGCCAGGGAGACACCAUGAGCGGGGGGACGCCGUACAUCGGCAGCAAGAUCAGCCUCAUCUCCAAGGCGGAGAUCCGAUAUGAGGGGAUCCUGUACACCAUCGACACCGAGAACUCCACUGUGGCCCUGGCCAAAGUUCGUUCCUUUGGAACUGAGGAUCGGCCAACGGAGCGGCCUGUAGCUCCUCGAGAUGAAGUGUUUGAAUACAUCAUAUUCCGGGGGAGCGAUAUCAAAGACCUGACAGUGUGCGAACCUCCGAAGCCGCAAUGCUCCUUGCCUCAAGAUCCGGCCAUAGUCCAGUCUUCACUAGGAUCCUCUGUGACCUCCUCCUUUCAGACUUCAAACUCCUACGCCCCUUUCAGUAGAAUGCAGACGUACAGCGGGUUCAACUCGGGACCUCUGAUUCCUCAGCAGUUUGGAGCUGUUGCUGGAAGCGCACUGAGCUCAUUUGGUGCAGACUCGGCAUCUAGUGCUUCUCUAGGCUCAUCCAGCACCGUGCCCUCCUUUAACCAAGACACAAGAACCCAAAAAACACAAUUGUCACAGGGUCGAGCGAGUCCUCUGCUAGAUUCGUUACGGAAGAGUCCAACCCUCGAACAAGGAGUCCAGACGGCAUCGAUUGUUCAACCAGUUGUGACGGCAGCUGUGGGCAGGAGAAGUCCGGUUCCUUCCAGGUCUCUGCCAUCCACGAUACAAAAGACCAUGGACAGUUCAGAGCAAAGAAAAAGCGAGGCACAAAGGGUAGCAAGAGCCGAGGCAGACAUGCUCAGGAACGACAGGCAAGACCCCAGGAACGACAGGCAAGACCCCAGGAACGACAGGCAAGACCCCAGGAACGACAGGCAAGACCCCAGGAGGCAGAUGGCUCCUCCAGGAUCAGGCCCACCUCAGCCCAGGAGAGGUCGUGGUGGUCACAGAGGGGGCCGAGGGAGAUUUAACGUCAGAAGAGAUGGUCCCAUGAAAUUUGAGAAGGACUUUGACUUUGAAAGCGCCAACGCACAAUUCAACAAAGAAGAAAUCGACAAGGAGUUUCACAACAAGUUAAAAAUAAAAGAUGACAAAGUGGACAAAGUGGAAAAGCCAAUUAAUGGGGAGGACAAAGGAGACUCUGGAGUGGACAUGCAGACCAGUGAAGGAACCACAGAAGAGGAAGAAGCGCCUUGUUACUACGAUAAAACCAAAUCUUUCUUCGACAACAUCUCUUGUGAUGAUAACAGAGAUCGAAGGUCAACGUGGGCUGAGGAGCGAAGAAUGAAUGUUGAGACAUUUGGUGUUCCUUUGCGCUCCAGAGGUCGUGGCGGUUACAGAGGUCGAGGAGGGAACAUGGGCUACCGUGGUGGAAGAGGGCGAGGCGAGAGGAGAGGCCCCCCAGGAGGCGGGGGUUUUGGGGCACCCAGAGGUUUCCGUGGAGGCUACAGAGGAGGGCGUGGGGGAAGGGAAUUUACAGACUAUGAAUACAGGAAAGACAACAAGGUGGCUGCUUAGUUGCGGAUGAAGCUCUCUAUUUUUACCAUUUGCAGUCCCAGGAAGAUGUUUUCAGUCUUUUGUGAAGAAUGAGGUUAAACUUGCCGUAUAGUUGUCACCAGCACUUGGAUCGUGGCUACCGGACGGAACUUCUUCAGUGCCGCGGGGUCCUACCAGAACUUUUUUAUUUUAUUUUUCCCCCCCUUGUUUCCUCGCAUCAUUUGUGGCCCUUGCAACACUAAAGGACUGAUGUGUGAUCAGCAGUUCUGAAAGAAAAUGAGACAGGGCAACUUUGAAAUAUGUUGAGUAUUAAGCAUAUUUGAGAUAGGAGACUGAGUUUUUUUUUUUUUGGUAUGUAUAGUUUAACAGAACCUGAAAAAGUGAUGAAAACAGGAGGAGUUAUUUUUUUCCUUUUCAACACUUUGUAUUGUGUAGUCGCUGCGAGCAUCUACCCAGAAUGCCGUUGAUACUGUGAGGUUUUGUGUAUGAUGGGUAAGAGCGUUGUCAUUACUGCUUGUUAUCCUAGUCAGACCCUCGUGAGGUCACAAACCAGAUAGCAGCACAUGUUGGCUGGAUGUUGUAAAGAGAAAACAAUCCUUAGUACAGUUUCUAAGUCAAAUGACAGUUUUCUAUAGCUGCAAGAUUGCAUUAUAUUCCCACUGCCAAAGAAACAGAGCUUUGUAUAGCUGCAAGAAAAACAAAAACAAAACAAAUGGAGGAAAACGAUACCUUUUUGUAUUCAGCACAUCUAAUGGGGUGUACAAUUGAUAUUGUUAUGGGCCAAUUCUAGUUUUUGUCUUUUUGUAACGCUUCCAUUAGAUGUAUACUUGUCUUUUUUCUAUAGGCAGAGAUGCGAUGCAUAUUUUGAAGUGUCAUAAUGUUUAAAAUGUACUAGUCUUGGGCUUUGUCUGUUCGUAAAUUGCGCACAAAUUCAGAAGUAGCCUGCCUGGCACCGGCCGCCCAGUUUUUUUUUUAUUUUAUAUAUUUUUUUUCUGAUCCGAUCUUGUGUGGCUACUAAGAUCUAGAGGCGCCAUUGGAGGAUCUUUAGCUCUCAGUGAUGUCACAAGUGGGAUAGUUGAGUUGUACUGGGUCCUAAAUAUGAUGGCGUCCUUGCUGAGGAUAACGGCACCGCUGCGGGAGCUGUUUGGGUUCUGAACAAUGCCGUUUAUGGCUGUUGGAUUGUUGUGGAAAAGGGUUUUUUUUUUUUUUUUUUUUGCUACAUAAUUCAUGAAAGGACGAGGCUGUUUUUCUAGGGUUCUCUGCUGUGCAUGUGGAUGGCCAACUGAAAGUAAAUGUAGCAGAUUCCGAGGAAAAGGUUCCCCUUUACUACUUCUCCUUUUUUUUUUUUUUUUUUUUUUAAGUUUGACAUUUAAAGUUCCAGGAUUUAAAAAAAAAAAAAAAAAAAAAAUCUUGUAGUGCCCCCUUCCCUACAGGUUAAAUGCUGUAAGUAUAGGAGUAGAGGAAUAAGAUGCUUUCAUCAUUCCUUUGGCACUCACCUCUUGUCUGCCACACUAUGGGUUGUGAGCGGGCUCUCACCAUCCCCAAUGCAGGACUAUUGACCCUGCAUUGUAUACGAUAAUGCUAAAUCGUCAGUUGGCAUGCUUUUGAGAAGAGGCAGUGGAGGUCCGGCUGCAGUGCGGAGGAAGCCUGCCAGAGCAAGGAAUGAGGGGAAUAUUGGGCCUCGUGUGUACGGGUGACAGGAGCCACACAACAUAAAGCAUGUUCCCGACAAGGAAUCACUGAUGCUUUCAGCCACCAAAAAGGUCACAUGCAGGUAUAUGCCAGCACUUCUAUGCACACGUGCAUGCAUAAUGUAUAUAUGCCUCUGGAUAGAGACUAUCUGCACCCAGGGUCCUACAUCCGGACACACCUGUGUUUUUACACAAAUACCAGUGUAUACCUGUAAAGGGCCAUUGAUUUUCUAUGGAUGGCUGUUUGCAAAACCUGCGGCUCGGCUUUAACCCCCCCCCCCCCCCCCCCCCCCCCAGGCACCCAUGUACUUGAGCUCUUGCAGCUUAUUACUCUACCUGUAGACUUGACAAGCAUUUAUCCUUUGCAGUUCUGGGGGAGCAAAAAAAAAAAUGUUUUUGUUUAUUUUUUUUUGUGGUGCCCAGAAUGGGGUUUAAUGAAAGAUUUAAUUUUCCAGCUUCUGAGAAGUCUUUUCUAGACCCGAGUGGGAGUUUAGCUCGUUCGAGCAGCAUACGUUUUUAUAGAGCACAAUUCAGUUGGUGUAGACAGUACAAGACACACAUGGUUUGCCAACACCUUUACAUUAUACUGUUUGGGUGCCUCUUGUACUGUGUUUUUUUUUUUUUUUUGCUCCCUAACAAGAUUUACUUCUAAAAGGCAUUUUGUGUAUUAGUUCUACAAAACAAUAAAAUAAAGGGAUCCAAAGAUGUUAGUAGGAUUUUAAACUUUCAUUUGUUGGUUUGUGUUUUUUUUUUUUUUUUUCUUUUUCUGUUUAAAUGCUAAAAGUGAACUUUGCCGAAGCAAAAUGAAGUACUUAAGGUAGCUUUGCCCACUGCUGUAAAUUGAAAACCACUGCUUGUAUCCUUUAUGUAGGCCAGUGAUCGGCAUUUUGUAUAAAGCACUUGAGUGCCAUCAUAUCAAUGAUGUUGAAAGCGGCAUCUUUCUCAUCAGAGUUGUAAUGUUUUUGAAGUCGCGCAGUUCAGAUUUUUUUCUUUUUUCUUCUUUUUAAUGUGGCAAGAGUUUACUUUUUUCUUCACCUUGCCCUGUGAUUAAAGGUAACUUGUUCUGAUAAAUAUAGAAUAUGCCUCUGCGGGUUUUAAAGGAGUUGGCGCUGAUGGCUUUUUUUUCUUUUUUCUUCAAUCAGCCUAGUAAGUCACUAAGUUUAACCAGUCUUUCUGACAGUUAAAGAAUAAGGGCACUAUAAAACAAAGUGCACUUAUCCUUUUUUUGCCCUGUUCCAAUUAACCCACUGCCCCCCUUCAUGGAUGUAUAAUUACCUUGAUCCAGCAGCUAGGGUUCUGAAGUCUUCACUGUCCUGGCUGCGCCUGUGCAUUACAGCCUACAGGUCUCCAUGGGACAGUCUAUGGCCUCGGGACACGGCCCCACAGAGUUCUGUGGGGCACUGAUGUACCAUGUGGCCAGAACCGCAUUUAUUAUAAAGGAUUUCUAUAGCGCUUCCAGCACAGCAAGUCUUCACUCUCCUGGCUGCCCCUGUGAAUUACAGCAGGGCCUUGGGACACAGCCCCAUAGAGUUCUGUGGGGCACUGAUGUGUGGCCAGGACAGCAAAAACUGCAGUGCUAGGGGUGCUGGAAGUCCUCUGAUGGACGCAGUUCUGUUUACAUCCAAGUUUUCCCUGUCCUGGAGGCACCUGCAUUAUUUCCUUGUGGACUUCUAUGGGCUAUCAAAGUCAUUGGAGCUGCAAUACACAGGUGUGAUCGGGACAGUGAAGACUUGCAUCAUUGACUUGUGGCUGUCCUGUUGCAGUGAGUAUGCAUCUGUGGAGGGGGGGGGGGGUUGUUUAGGUCAGGGCUCUUGCGUAAAAAAAUAAAAAACUUGUUUUAACGUGCACUUGACUGUGGGCUGUAAACUAUUUCUUUACAUAUUCAACAAGCAGUAAAAAGUGUGAUAUUUAAUGAUUGGCUUCUCCCCAAUGCUUAUAGAUACAUUUUGAAAUUGAGUUUAAUAUGAUUUUACUGCUUGUUCACAAUCUGUAAAUUGAAUGUGUGUGUGUGAGAUCUGGGCACAGGGUUAUAUUAAAGUCCAUCUAAAGCCAA